GACUGAAGAUGUGAAGGUGAUAAAACUUCCUUUAUUUGGUUUUGAAGCUGCUGUGAUCUGAUUGGUCGGCCCAGCACGUUGUGGGCGGGGUUUACUCUGUGGAUGCAGUGCAUUAUGAAGGCAAUGACAGCAUGGACUCGCGCUGCUUGGGGAGAGAAAUGCUCCACAAUCCAGAGGGGGAACUUUUAACUGAAGCGGGGACACCAGCCUAACGCUCACAUGGAUACUAAACCGGGUCGACAAGUAUUUUAAUAUCGAUAUCUUUCAGCAACGUCGUGACUUUGUUUUUACUCGGUCAGAAAAAAGUGUGGUAUCCUUUUAUGGGCUCAAAACGAAAAUGAAUUGACUGGACAGGUGCGUGGACAGGUUAAUUAAUAACUGCGCUUCGUUUUGACGUCAUUAUUGCUUUCAAAUUGGUAAUAUUAGUUGAUUUAAAAUGGAGCAAAAACAUUGUUAUUCGUGUGGAAGUGAGUCGUCGUCGUCGUCCGGUUCAAACACCUUGUCCGAGGGGGAAGAAAUGUCGCCUGUGGUGCACAUCAAAGUUUCUGCAGAUGAUGGACACAAUUCGGACUCGGAAAGUGUCCUCGAGGAAGAAGACAACGACACUCCGACAAUGGAUGAAGAAAGUGAAGACGAAGACGAAAAGUUGGACGACAUCCACUACCCUCCCUCCACAUACCUCAGGAAGUCCAGUGACCCAGAGUUGUCUCAUGGAUUCAAUUCUGCUCUCAAAUUUAAACUACACCUCAAUGAGGAUGGAAAAUACCUUCGAAGGAGGAGCCUAGGGGGUGGCCUCACAGGGAAGUACCUCCUGCUGCCCACCGCUCCCCAGCAGACACACACCGCAUCGGAGACCUCUAACCUGGUUCGCAUGUGUUCCCUGUACCUCGGGAAGUCAGACCCCUCCCUCACCUCCAGCCUGAAAGAGCUGAGUCUUCCACGAAGAGGCAGUUUCUGCAGAACGAGCAACAGAAAAAGCCUGAUAGGAAGCGGUCAGUCUACAGGUUUACCCCGACCUCACUCGCCUCUCUCGUCUCUAACGGGAACAAGCCCACAAGACAGUCCCAGAAAUUUCUCUCCUAGUGCCUCGGCUCAUUUCUCCUUUGCACGAAGUCAUUGCCACAGAGCAGACAGGACUGAUGGUCGCCGCUGGUCGCUGGCCUCCCUUCCCUCCUCUGGAUAUGGAACCAACACGCCCAGCUCCACCGUCUCUUCAUCCUGUUCAUCACAGGAGAAGCUGCACCAGCUGCCCUUCCAGCCUACGCCUGAUGAACUGCACUUCCUCUCUAAGCAUUUCUGCACAGAGAGCAUCUCUGGGGAUGAGUGCCGCAGAGCCUCGGCUCAGAUGCGACCGCGAUCACGCAGUCUCAGCCCUGGAAGAUCUCCUUCAUGCUACGACCAUGAGAUUAUCAUGAUGAACCACGUCUACAAGGAGCGAUUUCCCAGAGCCACCGCUCAGAUGGAGGAAAGGAUUCAAGACAUCAUCCGAAGCAACUCUCCAGAGAGCGUCCUCCCUUUGGCAGAUGGUGUGCUCGGCUUUGCCCACCACCAGAUCAUUGAGCUGGCCCGUGAUUGUCUGGAGAAGAGCCGGCAAGGACUCAUCACCUCCAGCUACUUCUGCGAGCUCACUGACAAGCUGGAGAGGCUGGUUCAGGAGUCAACAGAGAGAUCGGAGAGUGACGAGGUAAACUUCAUCAAAGAGCUGGUGAAGAAGAUCCUCAUCAUCAUAGCCCGACCUGCUCGACUGCUGGAAUGUCUGGAAUUUGACCCGGAGGAAUUUUAUCACCUUUUGGAGGCUGCUGAAGGACACGCUAAAGAGGGCCAGGGCAUCAAAACAGACAUCCCACGUUACAUCAUCAGCCAGCUGGGACUCACAAGAGAUCCUCUGGAAGAAAUAGCUCAGCUGACCAGCUGUGACAGCGGGAUUGCAGAAACACCAGAAACAGACGAUUCUUCUCAGAGCCUCAGCACAGCCCUGCGGUGUCGGCGUAAACCCUGUGAACUAGACUUUGAGAUGAAAAAACUCAUCAGCAAUGGUGCCUAUGGAGCUGUUUAUCUGGUUCGUCACAAGGAAACGAAGCAGCGGUUUGCCAUGAAGAAGAUCAACAAGCAGAACCUGAUUUUGAGGAAUCAGAUACAACAGGCCUUUGUGGAGCGAGACAUCCUUACCUUUGCAGAGAACCCUUUUGUGGUGUCCAUGUACUGCUCCUUUGAGACCCGGCGGCACCUGUGCAUGGUCAUGGAGUACGUUGAAGGUGGAGACUGUGCCACUCUUCUGAAGAACAUGGGUCCUCUGCCUGUGGAUAUGGCCAGGAUGUAUUUUGCAGAGACGGUGCUGGCACUGGAGUAUCUCCACAACUAUGGCAUCGUCCACAGAGACCUCAAACCAGACAAUUUGCUGGUCACAUCAAUGGGACACAUUAAACUGACAGAUUUUGGGUUGUCCAAAGUCGGGCUGAUGAGCAUGACCACUAACCUGUAUGAGGGACAUAUAGAGAAAGACGCCAGGGAGUUCUCUGAUAAGCAGGUCUGUGGAACGCCUGAGUAUAUUGCACCAGAGGUGAUCCUGAGACAGGGCUAUGGGAAGCCGGUGGACUGGUGGGCGAUGGGCAUCAUCCUCUACGAGUUCCUGGUGGGCUGCGUGCCUUUCUUUGGAGACACACCGGAGGCGCUGUUCGGACAGGUCAUCAGUGAUGAGAUCAACUGGCCUGAGGGAGACGAUGCCCCCCCGCCUGACUCUCAGGAGCUCAUCACCUUGCUCCUCCGACAGAACCCUCUGGACCGGAUGGGUGCAGGUGGAGCUGCAGAAGUAAAGCAGAAUAAGUUUUUCAGUGACCUGGACUGGAACAGCCUGCUGAGGCAGAAGGCAGAGUUUAUUCCUCAGCUGGAGUCUGAGGAUGACACCAGCUACUUCGACACUCGCUCUGAGAGGUACCAUCACCUAGAGACAGAAGAGGACGAUACAAACGAUGAAGACUUCAAUGUGGAGCUGCGGCAGUUCUCCUCUUGUUCGCACCGAUUCUCCAAGGUUUACAGCAGCCUGGAUUUGUCCCGUGGGCUCCUGGAGGAGAAGGGAGAGACGGAGGGGAAGAAGAGUGAGAGCCCACUGACUGUCGACUCUCUCAGCUGGACACCAGAUUUUGCUGAAAUGUCCUCACUCUCCCACUCCACAGACACCGACAGUCUGAAUCCGGGUCUUCGCCCCAACGUGUUGCCAAAGUUUGCCAUCUCAGCAGAGAGUGAAGCAGACGAGACCUCCGGCCUCGGUGACCCCAGCAAGACCUCCAUCUCCAUCGGAGAGCUCCCGCAGGACGAGCCGGACGCUACCACUCCAGGCAGCACUCACAGUGGAGCCACGCUCUCUGGAAGUUUCUCAGAACAUCUGGACCAGUUGACCCCCAGAGGUGAGGGGUUGCAGAGCCCCGACAGUACCAGCCAUGCCUCCACAGACCAUGGGCCUCAGAACAACUCUCUGCGGCCUGAGAGCGCUGCAGAGAAGACCGGCGCUGUGGCAAAAGUCCCAAAGUCUGUCUCAACCGGUGCCCUUUCCCUCAUGAUCCCCGGGGAUACCUUCGGGGUCUCUCCUCUGGCCAGCCCCCUCUCCCCGUACUCCCUCUCCUCAGACCCUUCCUCCAGAGACUCCUCUCCAAGCCGAGAAACCUCCCACCUUACGGCCAACCCGCGGCAGCCCGUCGUCAUCCACAGCUCAGGGAAGAAGUUCGGCUUCACGCUGAGGGCCAUUCGGGUGUAUUCUUGUGACGGGGACAUCUACACUGUCUACCACAUGGUCUGGAAUGUAGAAGAUGGCGGGUCUGCACAUAAAGCAGGACUCAAAGCUGGAGACCUCAUCACUCAUGUGAACGGAGAACCAGUUCACGGCCUCGUCCACACUGAAGUGGUGGAGCUCCUGCUCAAGAGUGGUAGCAAAGUGACCAUCUCCACUACCCCCUUUGAAAAUACUUCAAUAAAAACUGGUCCAGCCCAGAGGAACAGCUACAGGAGCAAAAUGGUGAGAUGUUCCAAGAAGCCCAAGAAGGAGAAGACACCAGAAAGGCGCCGCUCCCUCUUCAGGCGUUUUGCCAUGCAGCCCUCUCCUCUGCUGCACACAAGCCGCAGUUUCACCUCCCUCAACCACUCUCUGUCAUCUGGUGGCAACUCCUCCCAGAGCAGCUCUCCCAGCUCCAGCGCUCCGAACUCCCCCGCAGGGUCUGGGCACAUCCGUCCCAGCACCCUCCACGGCCUCGGCCCCAAACUCCCGGUUCAAAGGCUUCGUCAGGGGCGCCGCAAGUCAGCCGGCAGCAUCCCCCUUUCCCCUUUGGCUCGCACACCUUCACCUACACCUCAACCAACAUCCCCUCAGCGCUCUCCCUCUCCCCUCCUCACUGGUCACCCUGUUGCCAUUUCCAAAUCAAACCAAGCCUUCCCAGCCAAGAUACAUUCCCCACCCACAAUUGUACGACAUAUUGUGCGGCCAAAAAGUGCAGAGCCGCCUCGCUCUCCGCUGCUAAAACGUGUCCAGUCCGAGGAGAAGCUAUCCCCCUCUUACUCAGGAGAUAAGAAGCAUCUAUGCCCCAGAAAACACAGCCUGGAGGUGACCCAAGAGGAGGUGCCGGAUGAGGAGCUGAGGCCCGGGGAGAGGGAUUACACCGUCCUGCAGAGUGUGGAGGAAACAGCCAGUGAGCCUCUGUCUAGCACCCGUGUUCGACCUGUGGAGCAGGGCUGCUUAAAGAGGCCCGCCGGCCGCAAGGUGGGUCGGCAGGAGUCUCUUGAAGAGCUCGACAAGGAGAAGCUGAAGUCCAAGAUGGUUGCAAAGAGACAGGAUUGGUCAGAAAGGAGGGAGUCUCUUCAGAAGCAGGACGCUCUGUGUGAUUCUGACUCAUCCCAGUGGUGCAGUGAUGACAGGGAGGAGAGUUUUUUGGUCCGAGGCCACAACAAAACCCAGAGCAGCCCGGACUCUGGCCCUCUGGAGGUCAAAGCUGCUAGUACAACCUUAAAAGAUGUGCUGUAUAAAAAACUCAACACACGUGUCUCUGAGGGCCACGCUGAAACAUCCAACGGCUGUGGUGAAACUGACGGAGGACACAGAUCAGCUCUCUGCGAGUGGCAGCAUCCCAGGCAGGGUAAAGACAACAUGAAGCCGGACCGACUGGACUUCAAAGCUCCCAACAUGGAGUUCACCAGGAAGAGGCUGUCGUUUGAGGACAGAGAGGACUGCAUGUGUCGGUUGUCCUCCGGCCUCCAUGAGAACCUGCACUUUGGCUCCACCAGGUCCAAGAGCCUCCAGCUGGACACGGCCAUGUGUCAUGAACACAUGAAGGGACUAGGAAGCGUCCACUCCAGCCCUGAAUGCCUGUCCCCUAAGCUUUUCUCCGGCAGAGGGGAGAGCGCUGUGGAAAAGCUCCAGCUCAUCUCGGCAGAGUCUCCACUUCGAAAGACAUCGUCUGAAUACAAACUUGAAGGACGCCACGUCUCCUCUCUCAAACCUCUGGAGGGCACUCUGGAUAUCGGGCUGCUCUCAGGGCCCAGAGUCUCAAAAACAGAAAACUGUUUAUCCAAGAUGGCGGAGAACUCAAGCGAGACUGUUUCUUUGAGUCCAAUUUGGCUCCAGACCCCUGCAGAAAGACAAAUAAAAGUCCCCCAACUGAAAACUACUGAUAAGCUCAAGAGCCCCCUGGCUUGUUCCACAAGUCCUGAAGCUGUUUCUUCUCUAAAUAGCAUAGUCGCCUCCAAAGAUCAGUCAAAGAAGGCAGCCACAGAGGUGAGAAUCAGUGCAAGUUGUGAGAAAACACAGGAAAGAAACAGUGAACCACUUAAGGCUCAAACCAGCAAAAUGGAGGCCUCAAGUUUUCCUUUUAAACCAGAGAGCAAGACGGGUAUGAAGUCCAGUUUACCGCCUCAUGAACACAGAGGCCCUCGACACAGCUCCCACUUCUCCUCCUGUGGAAAAACACCCUCCAUACGGGAAGUCAGCAAUGAAGAUCAGGAGGAUGAAGCAGAGCAGGAGGAAGUCACACCACACACUACAUCACAACACACCGACAGCUCCAGGACACUGCUCCCUUUGACUUCAGCAAAGCCGGAGGAAGACAUCAAAAAGACUCCGGCCAGUGAACUGUUACCUGUGUCGCUGAAGCAGAGUAUAAACUGUGGUUUGGAUACAGGUCAGCGUCAGAGCUGCGAGAAAAACACACCUAUUGCGCAGAGCUCAAACAUGACCUCUGUGUCUGAGGUGAAUGUACAGAACAGCUCUCGCCUCCCAGAGAAUGUGCUUUCACAACGGCAGCCAUUGAACAUCUGCUUUUCAAAUAGAGAAGCGCCGGUUUCUAUCACAACAUCUGGUUCUGUGAAGGACGAUAAAACGUGCAGUUCUAAAUCAGAAGGUCAGGACUGCAAGGGAAGAUCUGUGAGCCAGGACGGUUUCCAAUAUAACAGAUCAGCUGUUAAAGAGCUUGGGGAGAAAGGCACUUCAGGUUUGAAUAAGGUCAACACAUGCGUUGGAGUUGCAAAAGUGGAGGUAAACCCAAAAGUGGAGCAGAAGAGAGAAGUUAGUACAGUAACUGCAGUCCCCUCAUUAAAUAAUGUUACAAAGAGUGUUAAUAAAAAGGAUAACACUGUUGGUGCUGUAGAGAGUAGUAGCAUGUUGCUGCAGAAAAAAGAGAAUCCCAUUUCACCAAAGAAUAAAGGCAAUGUGAAAGAUUUAGAACCACCAUCCAAAAGCUGUCCGGCUGAAAGAGCACAACACAAAUCAUCAGAUUCGGAAAACUGCACCUCUAAAAGAGAAGAAACGGUUAUCGGUGUAAAAGAAAACGCCACAAAACUAAAAUCCCCGGCAACUGCAAAUGAAAAUGUUUUGAUUCCCAAGAGUAAGUCCAGGCCUGACCCGCAGCCUGCACCGCACGCCGCUGUGAAGACGGACACAAAAACACUGGAAGUGAAACAUCACAGCACAGCUCCUCCUGCUCCAGCAGUCAGGGCCAGUCAAAACUCAAAACAGAGAGAUCUGUCUAAAGAAUCUGCGCUCUCCACUUCAAACCAUCAAGUAACUCACAAACAGAAAGAAGCCGCGGUGCCAAGCAAGCAGGAAGAAUCGGUGCAGCUGUCUCCAACUGUUGUUGAGGUGAAGCAAAAAGAAACCCAGCCCAAAAGCUCUGCAGCAAAAGAGAUCUCAGAAUCAAAGCCAAAAUCUCCCCCUUCUAAAACUCUCCCUUCAUUGUUAGCUCUAAAGACCUCCGUAGCUCCACCGCCAGUUAUUAAACAAAGUCUUGAUGGCAAACACAAAGACCCCUCACCCAAAAAACAAGCUUCAGCCGUUAGACACCACCAUGGCGCCAAACCAAAAGAAGUAGCUUCCCCUCUUUCUCAGCUGCCGUCAGAAGUUCCCUCCCAGCCUGACCCACCAGCAGUGCUGCCCAAACCUGCAGUGAGGAAAGAAAUGCUGAUCAGUGGAGGCAGGGUCUCCAUCUGUGCCCCCCAGGAAAGUGCCAUCAAGGUAUCAAGAGAAGGCCCCAAGUCUGAAACGCUCAAACCGGACAGUCCUAAGGGCCCGGAUACCAGAAACACCACCCCUGAGAAACUGGGGCCCUCCAGCAAAAAGGAGCAGGCUGAGAGGAAGAAAAAAGAGACCGUUCAAGAGGUCCCGUCUGCGCCGAAAAACUCCAAAAGAGACGCAUCCCGAGCUGCUGCCUCGGACAGAGACACAGGCAGGAAGCAGCAGAAGGAGUCGCCACGUAAUUCUAAUAACAAGAAAUGAAAAGAGGGACGUUAAAAUAGCAGCCGCUUCAGAAAAUCUAGAUGUAAUAAAAAGUUAGAAAGAAGUUUGUGCGAACAUCAUCAUGCCUUCUUUACUUUGUUGAGGACCGGGCAAGCUGUUACACGUGGAUAGAGUGGUCGGUGUGUGUGUGUGUGUGUUUGAUAAGAACACACACGCACGUGGAUAGAGUGGUCGGUGUGUGUGUGUGUGUGUGUUUGAUAAGAACACACACACACGUGGAUAGAGUGGUCGGUGUGUGUGUGUUUGAUAAGAACACACACGUGUACAUGUCUCUAGGUCUGAAUGUAGGCAGUCAUUGCUGGUGAUUUCUGGUGUAAUACUUUUCACGUCAAGUUUUGUUUCUGCUUUGUGCAAUCAGUAUGUCGGGGGCAGCAGGGAAGAGCCUUAGAAAGGUCGUACUCUAAAGUCAGUGCCAUAAAUGAUUUUGAAUUGCACUCUUACUUCUAGACUCAGAUGAUCUGAGCUCUUUUAAUGCAGUAUACCACACCAUUUGCUCAGCAGUUGUAUCACGAUUGUUUCUGUUCGUAUAAUCCAAAUCUUUUCAUGUCUGGUUUUUGUGCAGUGGUACACAGAGGGGAAUGCACUAUAUCCUGUGCUUUUCACUUCAAAAAAAUACAGAAUCACCUCUUGGUUCUAGAAAUGAUAGAUUAGUGAAGAGGCCUUACAAUUAUGGGAAAUAAAAAACUUGCUGUUCUUAGCAAGGUGUGGUGUUAAUUCACAUUCCUCUGACGUGUGUACAUAUAUUUUUGAUUUGUAUGCAAUAUGAUGUAGAUAUGAUAACACUGUAAAACUGGGAUUCAUGGGCUUAACAUGAUUGUGGUUUGUAUUAUAUGUAUAGAUUUUGCUGUGUCAUUUGUUUGUAUGCUCGAUAUUAGAGUAUCUGCUCGAUAACUCUUUGGUCUAAAGUAAGCUACUGUGAUGUAUCUUGUCAAAGGCAUCCUUUUCUCUGUGACAUGUUUCCACAUGUUCCAAAAUUAACUUGAGGAUCGAGAAGAAAAGUCAUGAGGGGGUUACUGAGCUAUUUCAAAAAAUGUAGCAUUAUAAAAGAAAACUGUGAGGGCUGUCAGCUUUUCCCAAGAAUGUCUUUAAUGUUGAUGAAGUGUUUGCUGGCUGGCUAAGGUUUAAAACGUGUACAAAUAUGGAACAUUGUGUUUGAUUAAUGAGAUUAUCCAGAUAUUCUGUUUGCCAAUCAUUACUGCAGUAGGUUUCUGAAGGCGGUGGGCUUCAGCGGAGUGACAUUAAGAUAACUCUGGAGUCAGACACCAGUUCACACACAGAGCUUCAGCGUCAGGGUAUCGCAGGAUGUCAGUGUCCCGUUUCAGCCUCAGUGUUGUUAAAGUAGUGUGAGUGUUUUGAUGUUUCAAAGGACUCUAUAAUGAGCAGCAUCUGGCUUCACCUGGGUAACGGUAUCAUAAGAGGAAUCCUGAUUAUUGCAUAGUUCAUGUCCACAACAGUCAUUUGAUGUUAAAUACUUGGUACUUUGAUACAUACAGGCUGUCAUUUAUUCACAAUCACUUUCUUACAUUUACAUACACACCUAAACAUUUUUUUAUACUUUAGACGCCUUUAAAUUGUAAACACUAAAUAAGAAUAUGAAGGUAGCCUAGGACACUAAAGUGUGUUAUGCUUUAUUUGCUCUGUUGUGCAGGCUAUGUAAAGAAUAAUUAUCCUCUCUACUUCAAAUACUACGAGUCAAACAUGUCACAGAAUAUACUUUUAUGUACUACACUGAGUUAACCUGAAACACGAGAGAUCGGUUGAAGAGAUUUUAAUGUUAAACGGGUCUGAUGCUACGUGCAUUAGAUAUUGUUAAUGUAUUUCUCAUGUGAUGUGAGAGAACAAAUGCACCUUAAUGUUUGCCAAUAUUCAGUUCAAAGGGUGAGAAGCAAAGUGAAAUUAGAGCUGAACAUGGUUUAUGAAUUCCCCUCUCGUCCUCACUUCAGAUUUCAAAUAAAUCACUGAAUUUUAUUUGUUUCUUCCCCCACUCUUUUUCCUGUGACGACUGAAAUUAAAACCCUCAAAGCACAUUCAAUGUUUGUUUACAAAGCAUCAUGGAUGUAUAUUUUGUAUAUUGUUGAUUUGCCAAAUGUGUGUUCUGUGUCAGAGAUAAUGUUGUCUAUAGUAGUGUGAGACUUUGCUCCCCUGCCACCAGGAAGUGUAAUAAGAACAUUUGUUUGUGCUGUAAUCAAUGUAUUUUCAUGUCAGGUUCUUCUCUUCUCUGCUUGUCUUUUCCGUUUCCUUUUUUUCUUCUUCUUCCCCCUGUACUAGUAUUAGAUAAACUUGCUUACGAUGGUUUGUCUUUUAGAAAUAUGUGCAAUAAAAGUGUUUUGAGUUUUGUAUUUUGCCCAAGGAAAGCUCUAUGGAUGUCAUAGAUGUUGUAUAUUAAAACAGAUAUUUAUACUUCUAAUGUUGCGUAAUACUGAAAAUAAAAUGGGAAUUAUACAUUAA